AUGUUGGAGAAGUAUCGCGCUGAUGUGGAAUACGUGGAUUCCAAGCGUCAGCAGCGGGACACCUUGCGGAAGGACAAGCCAGACCUGGGGAAGCGGAUCCGUGAAGCGUUGAGGAUGGUGGAGGCCGGAGAGGUUGACGCUGAGCUUCUGUACGUGGCCGAGAUGAGGCGGCGUAGCGUCUCUGACAUCUCAAAGCGGUGUCAGGGUUGGUCGUGGGUUCAGGCCAGUUUGGGCGGUUUGGCAUGUGAGGGCUUAGGGUUUGGGAUGUUUUAG